GAAAAGCUUUAAAUUUGUCUUUGAACUGACCCUUCAAAGUUUUGUGAAGAGUUCGUUCAUAUUUUCUCUGUACUCUGUUGACAAGAUUUCUACUCUCCCCAUAAAAUCUGCAUUUACUGGGCUGGAAGAAAAGAUGGAGAGAGUUAUGCUUGCCAUCAUCUGCCUCAUGCUUUGCUGUGGCCUUGGUGAGGCUCUCCUUUGCUAUAGCUGUAAAAUGUUUAAGCCUGGAGGAUCGUGUAUGCACACUGAAGGGUUUUGUAUAGCUAAAAAACAAAAUCAAUGCAAGCAAGUUCACAUCUAUAAAGCGGCUGUAAGGAAUUUCUACAGGUAUGGGUGCACUUUGCCAGAAGACAAAUGUGGCACCAAGAAAGUGGAUCCAAGCUGGGGUACCGUGGUAACCAAAUGUUGCAAAAGCAAAAACUACUGCAAUGACCCCAAACCUGAGUAAUUCAGAACCUCCCCAUGACUGGAAGUUGAGCAUGGCCUCCAGACGCCAGAAGUGGAAAAAGGGGAAGCUCUUUACCUUAUCUGUGCCAUUGUAUGUCAUUGUUCAUGUAAAAAGACAUUGAAGGUUUGCCUUUUAUGUAUUGUAAUUGCUCUGAGUCCCUCCAGGGAGAUAAAGCGGAAUAUAAAUAAAGUGUAUUAUUAUUAUUAUUA